AUGAGUGUAGAAGUUAUCUAAAAUUUUGAAAUAAAUGAUUUAAAAUAAAUGUUAGUUUUCAUCUCUUUAGCAGAAGAAGGUAGAGAAUAAUUUGAAUUUUUAGCUGGUACUCGAUACGCGUAUAGUUAGGUAGAUAGGAGUUCAUUAAGUGCUUAGGUAGCUAAAUUUUUAUAGGUAUCAUAACAAAACGGCUAAAAUGAAAUUAAACAAGAAUUAUUUGCAUCUCUGAUAAACAAAGCAUCAUAAAAACCUUUUAGAUACAUCGAAGAACUUUCAAAAAGCAUAAAUUAAUAAAAAAUUAGCAUAAAUAAUAGUGAAUCAAAUAAUCAAGAUAAAAAAUCUGUUUAGGAUGAUGAAAAUGAAGAGGAAGAAGAAAAAUAAAAGGACAUAAAAGAUAAUAAAGACAAAUCAAAUGAAAUUCCCUUUAAUGAAAGAUAUAAUACUUAUUAUAUGUGCAAUAUUUGCUUUGAUUAAACAGUUAGUGAAUAGUUUUUUUGCUUAGAUUAUAAUUUUUUGAUAAAAUGCCCUUGUACUGACUGCUGUUACUAAAUUCCAUAUUAGAUCUUAAGUGAAGUUUUAAAUAAAGAUGAAUUAGAAGCGUAUGAACUAAAAUCACUUACAACAUUUCUUAGUUAGAAUUAGGCUCAACUAUUGAAAGAUAAAAUAUCAGAUAAGAAUUAAAACAUAUCUUCUUAUAAUACUAAAAUUGAUACUGAAUAAAAAUAAUCUGAAAUAAACUAAAUUUAAGCUUUAGAUGUUGAAGAUAAUUGGGUCUGUGAAAUAUGUUACGAAAAUAUGAUAAGUCAAGACUACAUGUCUCUUAAUUGUGAUCAUAUUUUCCAUAAAAAUUGUUUAGCUAAAUAUUUUACUUCCUAAAUAAACGAAAAGAAAUUUCCUUUAAAGUGCCCAAAUUCUAAUUGCAUUUUUCCUAUAGAAUAGUAGGAUUUAAGGGAAGUUUUGAAUGAAAUUGAAAUUUAAAGAUAUGAGAAAUUUAGCUUGUAAAAUUAUAUUGACUCAAACGCAGAUGAAAUCUCUUGGUGUCCUACUCCUAACUGUGAAUUUGCUUUCAUUAUAGAGAAAGAUUAAAACCAGCUUAGUUGCCCUAAAUGUAAUAAGUCUUAUUGCUUAAAUUGCAAAUGCGAUUUUCAUUUUGGAUAAACUUGCUAAGAAUAUAAAAUAUCUUACAACUUUUCAGAAGAUGAUUAGAAAUUUGAAUAAUUUGUGAUUGGCUAAAAAUUUAAGAAAUGCUCAAAAUGCAAAAUGUGGGUUGAAAAAAACUAAGGAUUAAGUAACAAUUAGUAAAAUAGAUAGCAACAAAAUAUUUUUUAAUAUUAAAUGAAUAAUUCAAGCAGAGCUAAUAAUUUUGAAUAAUUAAAUAAUAAUCGUAACCAUAUUAAUCCUAAUCAAAUGAAUAUAAAUUAAUUCUAGACAAGCAAUACUUUAAACAAUUCUCUAAAUAGUUAAGAUUAAAUAAUCAAUUAAAACAGAGAUAAUAACGACUUUGAUGAUUUUAUUUCUCAAAAUGAACUUUUUUAUUUUAACAGAGAUCACAAUAACUAAAAUUAAAAUAUAUAUGAUAGUAGAAAUAGAUUACAUUAAAAUUUAAGAAAUUAAUUAUAAAUAGUUAGCAAUUAAAAUAAUUAAAUGGGUUUUAACACUAAUGAAAUCAGUUAAAUUUAAAAAAAUACAUUAACAUAAUAAAAUAAAAAAAAUAAAACUAAAAGCUCAAACAAUAUAUCACUUUAGAGUAAUGAAGAUGAAGAUUAAGAUAUUUGA